AUGUCUUGCGGAUCGACUGCCGUGGAUUUAGAGGAUGAUGAUGAGUGCUGGGCACAGCUGGAAGAUUACAGACUGCUUCUUAUUAAAACAAUCGAGCCUUCAAGGAUCACUCCUUACCUGCGACAGUGCAAAGUACUCAGCAGUGAGGACGAAGAGCAGAUUUAUAACGACCCCAAUCUAGUGAUCAGACGCCGCAAAGUGGGUGUGCUGUUGGAUAUCUUACAAAGAACUGGUUUCAAAGGGUAUGUGGCAUUCCUGGAAAGCUUGGAACUGGACUAUCCGCAGUUGUAUCGCAAAAUAACCGGCAAGGAACCAGCUCGUGUUUUCUCCAUACUCGUAGACACAGCGGGUGAGUCUGGGUUAACACAGUUCCUGAUGAAUGAGGUGGCGCGCCUUCAGAAGCUGACUCAAGAUGAACGCAAGGCCAGACAUGAAGCAGCCCUUCUUGUAGCCAAGCAUGAGGACACUAUCCGACAGAUGCAAGUUCGUGAAAGCGAGCUUCGCAAACAGCAGGAGCGCGUGCAGCGCUUGAGGGAAGAGCGUGAUCAGCUGUGGGAAGAGGUUCGGCAUUUAAAGGAUGAGAACUACAGCUUGAUGCGUGAUGUCACUCGACUGAGCGAAGAGAAGAACAGUGCCCUUAUGGGUAAUCGGGAUCUGCAGUUGGAGAUUGAGAGGCUGAAACACAGCUUGAUGAAUGCAGAAAGUGACUCAAUGAUCCAUCGUAAGCGUACCAUGACACUUAAGAAUGCCAUGGAACAGAGGCCCAGUCCAGACAUGAUAUGGCAGCUGCAGAAACAAAAUGAUCUCCUCAAAGCUCGUAUUCAGGAACUUGAGAGCGAUUCCCAGGUUACACCUCAAACAAGCACUGAACAUGAGAAGUUGACCAUCCAGUCGUUGGAGAAGCACAAUGAGCAAAGAGAAGUACAGCAUCAGGAGCUGGUGAAUGAGCUCUACACUUUGCGCAGGAAGUUGCAUGAAGCUGAGGCACUACGUGAUCAGUACUUACAAGAUAAAGAUGUUCUUGAAAUUACCUGCACCGUGUUGAAAAAGGAUUCUCAAAUGUAUCGUGAUCGCUUGGAGGACGUCUUGAAACAGAUGGAUGAGAUUAUCAGAGAGAGAGACAAGGCCAUUUCUUACAGAGAGGAGUACCACAAAGAGAACUCGAAACACCUCAAAGACAAGGACCAGUACCGCAAGCAGAUUCGGGAGAUGGGGGAACAGUGUGAUGAGCUUCAGGUCCAACUGUUCCGUACUCAAGGAGAGGUCCUGGCUCUUCAGACCAGAAUGCGUAGACAGCAAUACUCUUCCCCGGUGUCCUCUGAGGACAGCUCCCUACCCAGUUCUUUUGAGGAGAACAUGAUUUGUGAGGACGAGCCACCAGUCACCAACAGGCCCAGAGAAAGAUGUAACUUUUAUUACAUAAGAAAACGGGCCCUUAGAACAAAGUGCAUCAAAACCAAGGAGAGCAGCCCGUUUGUCCUCCGAAACAGCAGUGGAAGUGACACAGAUGGAAUGUGA